UGAUAGACGAAUGGACUUGUUAUCGAAUCGAUUAGACAACGAAUGGUGGCUGGCAAGUCAAAUAGAAAGAUACGACUACAGGCAGGAAGGAGUAAAUGAGUGCGCGCACCUAAGUAAUGAGCGAAACUCGGCAUUAUCCUAUUCGUUCGGUCUCGGACUUAUACGCAGCCGAGGAAAUAGAAGUGCUUCUUUUAGAAGAGAUACGCGAUCUGGAGCCACCACCUGCUAUAUAUUCUAAACCCGAAGACAUUCAAGACUUCGAAAUUGCAGGCAGUAGGACAGGGGGGCGAAUCAGCUCCCAAUCUUCAGAGCUGGAUUCGCCAGGGGUGAACUCGACAGUCCACUCUUGGGAUUCGCAUGCUAAUUAUCAUGGUCAUUACGGUAAUAGUGAUCAUAGACCUGGCUCAUCGAACACUAUGCCUUGGUCUCGUGCAAGUCAUGUGGUUAUUUACUGCGACAUACAAGGACAUCUUAAAACACCUACAGGUGUUGUUAGACUCUUAUUACUUAUAUCUUCUGCAGCUUGUUUGGCAACUUUAUGCAGUUCUGGCACUGCCAAGGUCAGCAUUUUUAUGCUGCCUUUAGCAGAUCGUUUACGAUUCAUGAUCUUUGUAGCUGUUUUCUGUUUCUUGGUCACUGCAACCCUUCUCUUCCUUGAUAUUUCGCAUGUCAUUUACAUCCUUCCUUUAAAUUGGACUAGGCUGAAUGCUAUAGUAUUCACUGGCAUAGGCUUGUCAUAUGCUGCGAGUAGCGCAUUACUAGCAUAUACAAUAUGGGAAUACCACAGUGGAGGUUGGGUACCAAGACGCACACGUUCUCAACUAACUGCUGCAGCAGUAGUGGGACUUUUAUGUGCUCUCUUAGCGUUUUUACUGUCUUGGAUACAUUGUCGUAGUGGAUCAAGUUGUAAAGGUCAAGAUUCUCGUAGUCAUACUCCAACGCAACUUUAUAAACCCGUUGACAAUUCUUCUUCCUCCGGGGUCACUUUGAAGGAACGUAGUCCUAAGAGACCGGCUUCAUGGGCCACGAAAAAUCAGCAAUCGAAAAAACGUAACGCGGACAGUGCAACGAACACUAGUAACGGUGGCCAUCACGGUAGCAAUCAUGAGAAAUUUAAACAAGGCACAAAUAAAAAGGACCAUUGGGCUACAGCCAAGCAACAUAUUUUAGAAACACAUACGAAUGAGGAUACUCAGCGGGAAGAUACUGAGAUUGAGAGGAGACGAAGAAGACGAAGGAAAGAUGGUGACAGUAGUUCAACCGGUGACGGAAACGCGCCAGGUAGUAAAGUCGAUGCUAGCCUUGUUGCUGUGGAAGAAGCGAAGACUAGACAAGUGCCGCGAAAGUUACCUCUACAGUCUACAGUGGAGCAGUCUCAGCCGUGGCCUGAUGCCGAACAUAGGAAUAGUGAUACUACGCAAAUUAAGAAUAAAACUAGGCAAAUGCCAGUGAACAAUGACGCACAGAAUUAUUGUGAAAUGAACGAAGCUAGAUCGAUUAAUCGAGUGACUCGAAACGGUCUUCGAAACUGGGAAGUGGAAUGUACGACUAGUAAUGGUAUAGAAGAAACUACUGAUGCGAAUGUGGUUCGUAAUGCCAUGUGGUCCGGACCCGAACAAUGGCGCCCACCACCAGAUGAUGUUCAACCUUGUUCUAGCAAAACUAUCGAUCCUUACAACUUUACCUGAACGUCUUGUGAAAUAUGAAGCACAUACUUUAGGUAAAAAAUGAACUUGUUCU